AUGUCCAUCUACUGUGAAGGCCUCUGCCGAAACAACGGCACCAAGUUCGCCAAGGCCGGCUACGCCAUUGUUUUCGGUCUCCAAGACCCCCGCAAUGUGUCUAUGCGUCUGGACGGCGCCCAAACGACCCAAAGAGCAGACCUCGCCGCCAUUUCCCACCUCGUGACCCUGCUCCUCCAGGACAACACCCCCACAACCACAUACUCGGUCAGCACCCACUCCAAAUGGCUGGUUUCCACCGUCAACGAAAACCUUGACAACUGGAAGCGCGCCGGCUGGACCAACCAGGCCCGAGAAAAGGUCGAAAAUCUGGACCUGCUGCAGCAGCUCGACAAGCUGCUGACCCAGCUGGGCCAGCAGGGCAAGAGCGUGCACAUGGAGUUUGUGCGGAUGCAGGAGGCGUCACCGGCCCAUGUACUGGCCGACAAGCUGGCCAACGCUGGCUGCGACCUUCAACAGGGCCCUGUGAUUGCCUCUCAGCUGAGUCCUCCCCAGUCGCCCCAGGAGAGACGACGACGGUCCAGCACGGGCUUCCCCCCGCCCCAGCAGCAGUCCCCGGGCCACCAGAACCAGUACGGGGGCUACCCUGGGCCGGGCUUCUACGGCAACGUGUCUCCCCAGCAACAGCAGCAGCAGUACUACCAGCAACAGCAGCAUCACCAGCAACAGCAGUACCACCAGCAGUACAACAGCGGCCACUACCAAGAGGGCUAUCCAUCGCCGCAGUGGCAGCAUCAGCAGUCCCAGCAGCAGCACCAGGAGUGGCGAUAG